UAUAUAUAUCUGUACAGGGUGAAACUGAAAUACACCGAAAAAUUUCAGGAAGUUGUUCCUGGGGCCUAAAAACCAAAAAGUUCCAAUAAUAAAGAUGUGAUGACGACACACUCGCAGGACAAAACAAAGAUGUGGGGAGUGUUGUGGAUGGUGAGUUUAAUGACAGUCCUGGUGUCAACCGACCUACCUGACCAGGACUGUCCUGAUGACUGUGACUGUCACUACUUCAGGAUCAACUGGGUCACAGAUUGCUCCGAGAGCAACCUAACUAGCAUUCCGACCGUGGAAGAAGGUCUUAGCCUCAACGUCUAUGUGCUAAAUAUGAAUGCAAACAAUUUGGAUGAGCUGCAGCCAUUUCCUGCAGAACUUAAGGUUCGGAGUCUCCUGCUGGCUGAGAACACGCUCUCUAUGGUCGACAAAGAGAACUUUUCCAGUCUGUUGUACCUCAUAGACCUUGACCUGUCCUCCAACAAUAUUCGCACGAUACAUCCGGAUGCUUUUAUAAAUAACUAUGGCCUCAUCACUCUUGAUCUGCAGAGGAAUCCAUUGGAACCUGUGGACGGACCCUUUAUAUUCUCCCGGUCCCUCCACUACCUCGACCUCAGCUACUGCCGACUGACGAGCUUGAACAAUCAGUUCUUCCAGAACAUGACCGCUAUCACCAGGCUGGACCUCUCUGGCAACCCGCUGACAGACUUAGAGGCAGAGGUCUUUGACAGCUUGAUAAGCCUUGAGAUCCUCAUGCUGAACAAUUGCAAUCUCACACACAUUGAACUAGCAGUGUUUGCUUAUACGGAACAUCUUAAAAGACUGGAACUCUCUCAGAACAAUUUAAUUGGACCGAUCGACUGGAGUAUGGUGUUGGGACCGCUUACAAGACUGGAAUACUUAGAUCUUCGCCGGUCAGGAAUCUUCAAUCUUCCAGAAAAUUUGUUUAUAAAUAACACGUUUCUACGUAGUCUUAUCCUUGCUGAAAAUGAACUGCGCGAUCUAGAGUUGUCCUCUACACUAAGCAAUAAUUUGCAAUACCUCGAUUAUUUGGAUUUAUCAAAGUGUAAAUUGGAUGGACCUCUGUCGGAGGCGGCCUUUGCUAAUGCGACCAACCUAAGAACUCUUUUACUGUCUAGCAAUCGUCUCUCGGCUGCCGACUUAUCUGCAGCUUUGGCGCCAUUGACGCGCUUGCAGAAAUUAUCACUAAAAAAUUGCAGCCUGACCAGAUUACCGGCAAAUACAUUUCACAGGUUCAUCGGCCUACAGGAGCUAGAUAUUUCUGAAAAUCCACUAAAUAAUGCGUUCACCGCGCUACUCUCCCCUUUAGACACCUUAGAAUACUUAAAUAUGAGCAACAGUAAUCUUCAAAGAAUAUCAAAAACUACUUUUUCAAAAAUGACGUCAUUAAAGACUCUUAUUCUGUCUGGGAAUCCUGUAGAAGUCUUGGAAUCAGGGCUAUUUCAAAAUCUAACAAAUCUAGAAGUACUGGAACUCAACAACUGCAGCUUGAGACGCCUAGGUGCAACUGUGUUCCCGGACAACUUCACGUAUCCAGACCUGGAAGAGCUGAGACUCGCCCACAACCCACUGAUCCUCCCGGCCGCGGGAUCAAUCUUACCUCGACAGCUCAAGAGACUAAAAACUCUGGAUCUCAGCCAUUGUAACCUUACAUAUAUCAGACCGACAGCUCUGAAUGCUUUUAGUAACAUAACCAAACUUCUCUUGUCAGGCAACAGUCUAACGGUUAAUAAAGAGGACUCCUUGGAAUUCCUGGGGAAUCUACCGGACUUGCAGUAUUUAGAUUUGAGUUCUAACAAGUUAAACUACAUCACACCCGGAGUAUUCAAAAACAAUCGCGACCUGAAAGGAGUCAGGUUGGCCGGUAAUCCUUGGAAAUGUGGAUGUAACAUCGCGGAGAUGUGGAGAUGGGCGAUGCUGGAGAAGGGAGAUUUGAGUGUUCUCAUCGGCUCCAGAACUAUGCCAGAAGACAUCGCGAGUAGAGGUGGCAAGCGCAAGAAAGGUCUGUGGUGCCAUUUUGACAAGAAGACAGCACCUGUCAAGCACAUCGUUCAUCGCAAACAUGGAAGAACCGACUUUGGGGAUAACGUUAACAGAACGUGGUUCCGCUAUGUGAGAGAGUCGGACUGUAAUGUUUUGUCCAAAGUAUCUCCAGAGAAUAGAACUCAGGAUCUUCAAAUACCUGAGAAUGCCCCGUUAGUUGUAGAUUGUUAUAUACCUGAAGAAGAAUCGCGCUAUCCCUCUCCCUCAAUAUGUGCAGCUGUCGGUAUGGCAAUAUUUACUCUAAUCGUUAUUGCAGGAUUCUUGAUGAAUAAAUGGAAUAGAAUCUCUAAUGGUCCUUUGGUUAAAAUGCAAUCUAGUGUGAGUGAAGAUGUUUUCCCUCCGUCUAAUUCGGCAGUGAAUGUUCCCAACGUUAAAAGCAGUGAUAUUUGAAAACGCAGAUUGAUUUAUUUUGUAAGUAGUAUAACGUGUUGAAACAGUGUAUUUUUUUGUAACCCACACCAUUUGUUAAACUAAAAUUUAAAAUUAUCGUAUAUUACAAAGAACGAAGUAACCUACACUAACAAAUUGAUAUUAUUUAUGAAAGUUUUAGUGCGAAUACCUUUUUAACACAAAGUUUUACUCCUGUUACAUUUUAUAUUAUUUUAAUCCUGUUUGUCACCCUUAGAUUUGUCAUUUGUAACUAUUUUUUUCGUUACUCAUUUACUUGUAUUUAAGAGUUAUGUUUACAAAUUUUCCUACAUACUCUUUAUAAUUUACUAUAUUGGAUGAAAUGGAAUGUUUAUGUAAAGCUUCCUGUGUGCACACAUAUAUAAAAUGUGCAGUUUGUAUUUUAAGAUUAUUUGUAAAGAAAUUAAACGUGGUUUCUUUUAUA